UUUAUUAUCAAAAUCACCAUGGUAACUGGAUGAUGGCCAAUGUUUUGAAUUUGUUUUGAAACUACUUGUGAUUCAUGUUCGAUCCAAAAAAAACAACAACAACAACAACAGUCAUUGAAGAAUAAAACGAAACAAACGUUUUUUAAAAAGAAACAAGACCUUCGAUAAUCGAUUCCUUUUGAUAGAUUUUUCUUCAAAUUUCGAUUUUUCCCCUGACAUACACACACAACCGAAUCUCCGUACAAGGGGGCAAAAAAAAUUACCUUCAAAUCGUUCGAAUCAAAGUCUUUUUUUUCCAUUGCACAUUUGUUGUUGUUUUUUUUUUAUUCAUUCACCUGAUAUUUAACUACACUAAUUAAAUAGUAGUAGCAAGUAGUACGACGGUGAUGAUAACAAACAAAACAAAAAUGAAAUGGAUAAUAUCCUUACGUUUUAUAUCGCUUGUGGCACAUUUAGUCCUUGUCAUUUUAUUUAUAUCGAAUCGUGAUUAUAAUGUACGGCUAUGUUUAUCAUGGAAUCAUAGUGAUAAGGAAUAUUGGUCAAAAGAUUAUGAAUUGGUAGUUGGACUGUCCCUGUCGAUCGUAUUACUAAUACUUGAACUAUUAUCAUUCAUUACUGGCAUUACGAUGAUACAUGCUAAACAGACAUUAUUUUAUGACAAUUUUUCCUUUUCAUUUUUUUAUUUUCUUACAACAGCAUUUUGUAUCCAUACAUUUGGUACAAUAACAUUAACAUCAUUCAUAAUGGAUGGCUGGGAAUGUCAACUAUUUUGGUGGCUAUUUACAAUUACAAUUUUAAUACCAUUUUUAACCGAAUCCAUGAUAAUGAUACAUACUAUUCUAUUGUUGUAUAAUACAAAUCUAACCUAUAGAUAAGUAGUAGUAGUAGUAAUAAUAAUUUGAUUUAAAUCAAAUGAGGUCAAAACAUAAAAAACUAA